UCUUCCUUAGUCCUCCUUCCCCACAUGGUGCAGUCAGUUAACAUCACCAAACUGAAUCUGCUGCAGCUAGAAAUGCUCAAAAACCAGCUGGACCAGGACAUGGAGUUCUUAUCUACGUCCACUGCCCAGCUCAAAGUGGUAUCGUCCAAGUAUGUGGAAGCCAAGCACUGUCUGAACAUGCUAAACAACAGCAACGAGGGGAAAGAAUUACUCGUCCCAUUGACGAGUUCUAUAUAUGUCCCUAGGAAGCUACAUAAUGUGGAAUAUAUGCUCAUCAACAUGGAAACUGGCUACUAUGUAGAGCAGACAGCUGAAGAUGCCAAAGACGACUUCAAGAGGAAGACAGACUUCCUCACCAAGCAGAUGGAGAAAAUCCAGCCAGCUCUGCAGGAGAAGCAUGCCAUGAAACAGGCUGUCAUGAAAAUGAUGAACCAGAAGAUUCAGCAGCUCGCAGCCCUGGGGACAGCUCAGCCUACCGCCAAGGCCGGAAUUUGCUGCAGAAAUGGGGCAGAGGGACCCUGCUUCAGAGGCCUGGAACUUUUGAGGGGGCUGCUGUUUGCCGGCAAGAGCGUGUGCUCCGGGAGGCGUUUUCAAUCGGCACAGCUUCCCUGA